AUGGCCAUCACAUACCGUCACGGCAUCUCAAUUCUUCAAUUGAUCAUCUACUUUCCUUCUCUCUUCCUUUCCAUCUUCCUCGUCAUCCGCCAUGGCCUUCGCACAAACAGCGGUUUCCUCUUCCUCUCCACCUUUGCCCUGGCCCGCAUUGUAGGCGCAUGCUGCGAUCUCGCAACAAUCAGCAAUUCCUCUGUGGGCCUCUAUAUCGCAGCUGCAAUUUGUAGCUCAAUCGGUCUCUCACCCUUGAUGCUCGCCUGCACUGGCCUCCUAUCCCGAGCUGAUCUUUCCGUCGAAAAUGUCACCGGCCGUACGGCGCUUCCUCGUCUUGCAUUUCCUUUGUUCCGUAUCCUCACCACCGUCGCCAUGGUUCUGAGCAUCGUGGGUCUCACGUCCAACAUGUCCGCCGAAGGCCUCCAACACCCCGACAUCAAGGUCAAGAUUGGCAUGAUCCUGUACGGCGUCAGCUGGGUGGUUAUGAUGGCCAUGUUGGCUGUUGUGGCUCUACACAAGAGCUCCGUUGAGCGUGGCGAGAAGCGCACCAUGUUGGCUGUUGCUUUGACGAGUCCGUUCAUUCUCGUGCGUCUGCUGUACGCGUUCUUCGUGUGGUUCCUGCACAAUUCCAAGUUCAGCAUACUUGAUGGCAAUGUCACGGUUCAGCUGGUUAUGGCUGUGCUUGAGGAGUUUGCUGUCGUUAUUAUCUGUCUUGGCAUUGGCAUGACUCUGCGUGUCCGAAGCCGAGUGUCUCGAGAAGACGAUGGAGAAGCUUUGGAGCCUCGUCGUUCUUCGUACAAGCCCUAG